CCCGCAUCGAGCUCGUUGUUGACGACGGUCCCGAGCGCGCCGUAGCGAUGUCCAAUAAGAUUGUGCCCUCUAUAUAUCGCGCCGUCAUCGACGACGUGAUCUCGAACAUAAAGUCGGAAUUCGACGAAUACGGUGUCUCGGAGGACGUGUUGGCCGAGUUGCAGAGCAAAUGGGAGGCCAAAGUCAUCGCCUCUCACGUCGCAGACUUCGAGCCCGCGCCGGCACCGCAGCCGCCAGCACCUCCUGCCCACUCCGCAUACCCGCCCCAUCCUAUACACAUGCAACAUGGGCACUACCCCCCGCACACGGCGUAUGCCCAACCUCACCACACGCAUGUGAAGACGGAACCAGUCGAUACUCGUUACAUGUUGAGUAACCCGGUGCAGUACGGGCUGCCUCCUCUCGCUGGGCCGCAAAUCCCCACCAGACCACCCUUGCCGGGGGGUCAGCCUAUGUCGUACACGCACAUGAAUGGUCGGCCGCCGAGUGCAGCGGGACAGGCUCCUCCCCCACCUACCGCCCGCUACGCUCCGCCCGCCAAUCCUGCACAGCCCGCUCCUGCAGCCAGGAUACCGCAGGUGGACGGCCCAUCAUCAUCGGAAUCCGAGUCCCCGUCUCCUCCUCCCAGUCAGAGCUACGCACCUCGAACGUCGCAUCCAUCGCUGCCGCAGCCAUCGCAAACUUCCGCCGCAGAGAAGGCGGAGGAUUCUGAGGCUAUCAAUAGCGACCUGGAUGACUCCGACUCGGACGUCGAGCAAGACGGCAUUGAGGGAGGAUCAGCGGACCAGGACAUAGUGUUCUGUACGUACGACAAGGUUGCUCGUGUAAAGAACAAGUGGAAGUGUGUCCUCAAGGACGGCAUGAUCCACAUCAACGGCAAAGACUACCUCUUUGCCAAGUGCAGUGGUGAGUUCGAGUGGUAAACGUCCUUGUCGUCGUCGUGUGUCUGUCUCCGGAUUUACUGUAUCUUUGUCCAAUGUCGUUUGGGUCUGCACAUAUCACUAUAUCGCAUCGAGCACGCAUAUUGUUAGAAUCAUCGCAUGUAAUAUAUCUACUAUCGGACACCAAGAGUACUUGCAAUUGGACUUGAUGU